AUGGGUACUCUGCAAACCCCAAACCCGACCUUGUAUCCCAACCGAAGUCCGAUCACAAACUCACUCCCGAACCCGAAUCCCAACUCAGUUCCCGAUGUCAAAUCUCCUUCAUACGACGACGUCUCUAAGUUUUUCUCUCUUCCACUCUCCGAUGCCGCUGAUUCCCUUGGUGUUUGUCCUAGUGUACUGAAGAAGCUAUGUUACGAAAAUGGUCUUGUGAGGUGGCCAUAUCGACAGUUUCUCUCCGGAAAGAGCAUUGAAGAAAUUAAGAAGGAUGCUGCAAUAGAAAAAUCCAAACAGCUUGCUGAAUUGCCAAAUGUUGCAGGACCGAAGAAUGAUGCUUUGUCAAGUUCGCCCAUUUCAUCAUCUAUAGUCUCCCAGCUCCAGAGCAAAAGUGCUGGUGCUCAGCAGGAAAUGCCCAAAUUCAGAACUGAAAUUUCUCAAAAUUUGCACAGCUCAACUAUGGCGAAAUGGAAUUUAGACAGCUUGGAUGAAUUCAAAUACGGAUUUCCGUCAACCGGCUUAUCAACUGUCACUCAUAGAUGGUGGGGAAACACAAGUUCCAAUUCUAACGGUGUUCAUGGUCGGAAAAAUGAUAAUGAAGACACCAAUGAAAGCAAUCAACAAUCGAAGGAGGGCUUGGCUCAAAAAAUUGAUAAUGAAGAUGCCUACGAAAGCAAUCAACGGUCGAAGGAGGACUUGGCAGAUGAUGCUGUAAUUUUGUCACCAAAGGACGGGGAGAUGUCUGAAAGCAAGACAAAUGAAGCGGAUACUCAGUGGACGCAUUUACUUUCUACUUUGAGGAAGAAGGCUGUCAAAGAGGGAAAACAAGCUCUGAAGCUUGGUGUUUACAGGGGAUAUGGUGUAAACAAGCUCGAUCAGUCCAAGAAAAUGGUACUCCAUCAAAUAUUCAAAUCAUCAUUACCGAGUCAGUGGAAAGAUUUGUCAUUUUGA